AUGUCUCUCAUACCAAGCAUCUUCGGCGGUCGACGAAGCAACAUCUUCGACCCAUUCUCUUUGGACGUAUGGGACCCAAUGGAGGGGUUUCCCUUCUCCGGCACCGUUGCCAACGCGCCUUCAUCUGCGCGUGAAACCACCGCCAUAGUCAACACACGCGUGGAUUGGAAAGAAACACCAGAGGCUCACGUCUUCAAUGCGGAGCUUCCCGGGUUGAAGAAGGAAGAAGUGAAGGUGGAAGUUGAAGAUGGAAGAGUGCUGCAAAUAAGUGGAGAGAGAAGCAGAGAACAGGAACAAAAGGAUGAUAAGUGGCACCGAAUCGAGAGAAGCAGUGGGAAAUUCAUGAGGAGGUUCAGGCUUCCUGAAAAUGCUAAGAUGGAUCAGGUCAAGGCUGCAAUGGAAAAUGGGGUGCUUACUGUUACUGUGCCCAAAGAGGAAGAGAAGAAACCGCAAGUCAAGUCAAUUCAAAUCUCUGGUUAA